AUUGAUAGAUGGUUUGUUUAAUUUGCCUUUUUUCGUUUUCUGUAUUUGCUUGUCUAUUUCUUCAAGCAGGACCGCUUCUCUGUGCGACAGAGAACUGGACACAAGAGUUCUCUUGACCCUGGUCUUAUACCGCAUCCAACUGUUUGUAAGACGAGAGCGAACAAAAAUACGUGAAUGAAGAGCUUCUCCAUUCUGUCUCUGUGGMGUUUUCCAGUCUAGUCCUUUGGUCAAAUAUACAGAAAACUGGUGCAAGGCUAAGGUCCGCUCCCCAAUAUGAACGUUUUGGUACAGUACCUUGUUGCUAUGGAUUUGAUUAUAUGCUGUCUGGGAAUUGAAUACUUCGUCGAUCCCACAGGCGGACAUUCAUGUGAUCAAAUCUGUGCAAAACAGCGAAAAAUCUGCGCUGGCACUGGACACGGCUUUUCACCAGUCUCSGCCGACUCAAUACUUCWAAGUAUGGGUAUCACGUGUGGCCCUGAUGAUAGUAAAACGUCUUACAAGUCGCCGGAUAGUCCUAGCUACACUGUCCUAGAUUUCGAGAGCUAUGAUGAGUGCAUUGGAUACAAAGGGAUCCCGGAACACAUCAACUGUUCUGCUCGAGGAGUUGAGAAUACGAAAAGGAUUUGCCCAUGCGURCAAGGAGCAUUUCUUCGGUUCCAGUUCAUCGAGACUUUGCUAGGAUCAACUACUGUGGUAAGCUUUGUAAUUGAAGGACAACAAUACCUUGCAUUUAACAGACUUCGAGCAUUCAGGCGAUAUCAAUCUGGAACCCAGAUAUACCGUCUUGAAGACAACGCUUUUACAUUCUAUCAGUCGCUCAAGACCACAUACAAUGGUCCUGGAAGAGCAAGCUAUUUUCAAAUAGGCUCUUAUCAUUACAUUGCUAUACCAUAUUUCGCGCGCUCAAACUACGGGAAGCGCGCUCCAAAAACUGUAAUYUUUACCCGAUUCGAUGGAUACUUUGAUACUUUACAAGAACUCGAUGGAGGAAUGGCACUWGCUACUACUUUUAUMSAAAUAAAGSUWUUUAARUUGCUGGUAAUUCAAGGGUAUCAAGCACUUUCKAUUUUCACCUGGMGAAGAAAUCGCUUUGYAAAGCUCCAAGCCAUUCCAAUAGACAAAAGAGCAUAUGUCACGGACUGUUCWCUGUUCACWCCGGGCAGCRGUGAUUUUUAUCUGRCAUGCGCAGUUUGGGGCGGUAGAAAGAGAUCCUUAGUUUUAAAGUGGAGUGGGAAAAAGUUUUCUAUUCAUCAGAGGAUUCCUAGGAUUGAGUACGCCAUGUCUGCGGAAACUUUAACCCUAGAUAAUGGGAAAAUCGCUUUGCUUAUUGCACAGCGUCAAACUGGAUACAGAGCAAAGAUGAAUAUCACUUCACCCUUAUUAAUAUGGGAAAGGGGAUURUCUCGAUUUAUUUUUAGCAAGUCAUUAUCGAUWAAAACUCGUGGGGCGUCGGCCUGUAGACCAUUCAAGAUCAAURAUGAACUGUUCMUAGCUGUUUCUCAGUCGGCUGACAAGAAAUCGUUGAUUUACAAGUACAAGGAUGGRAAGUUYAUUGUAUACCAAAAACUAAGAGCYACAUUYGCUAACGAUGCGACUUUCUUUACGCAUAAUCGGAUUCACUAUCUCGUUUUGGCGACGCAGGKUAAACGCUUCUCGCCUGCCUUUAUUUGGAACUGAUGAAUGAUGACACUACUGGGAUUCCUGUGUACCUGGCUUCAGUUUACAGCAAUUAAGUGCUGUGUGUACGUUUUGAUAUAAGUUGUAUUUAUAAAUAUUAGUGGAUUUYCUGUGGACYUUUGGAAAUAAAGAACCUAUUUUKRAGGUCAUAA